CUCCUCCUUCCAACACACACCACAAAACCGAAAGAUAUAGUAAACUCGCAAGUACUAAGCAUACUUAACAUGGAUCCAUUAGGCAAUCCCGUCCAUCACCACGGCGCCGCCGGCCAUCCUGAACAGCACACCGGCGGGUAUGGCGAGCACGGGACCACAGGAGAAGGAGUGACGGGGGGAUUACACCACACCGGAGAGCAUGGGAUCGGAGGCCAGCAACACCAUGCAGCUGGAGGGACGCCUGGAGUCCUGAGGCGGUCGGGAAGUUCGAGCUCGUCGAGCUCUUCGGAGGACGAUGGUUUGGGUGGAAGGAGGAAGAAGACUAAGGGCGUUAAGGAUAAGAUUAAGGAGAAGUUACCUGGAGGCCACAAGGAUGAUCUUAACACGCAGCAGCAGGUUGGUCAUGGAGCGGCUGUAGGUCAGGGAGCGACUGUUGGAGACACGCAGGAGAAGAAGGGAAUAAUUGAUAAGAUCAAGGAGAAGCUCCCUGGAAGUCAUUAGCUCUCUUUCUCCAUGGAGAAUGCUGCUUGGUGUGUAGAUUUGGUCAAUAAUUGUGAGGCUGUGUUAUAUAUUAGCACAGGUUCCUGAUGGCGGUUGUGGGUUAGUGUACCGUGUUGGUGUUUCCUGGCCACGCUUUGUAUUGUUGUGUUUUUAUUCCGUCGCUUUGCUUCCA